UUGUUGUGUAAAUGGUGAUAUCGAGGGUUACAUAUCGCACGCGUACGGGUUUAUCUCUUAUUCACGUCUGGACUCUGUAGAACACUAACUCACAAAACUCGAGAAGAAUGUAUAGUUUCAUGGAAGACUUCAUGGAUGACAAGAAGUUUUAGCAGACAUCAUGAGUGGCCAGAGAUCUGCCCCUGCAGCCAGGGAUGACAUUGCCCCUCUCCAGCAGAUGGUGGCGUCCUGCUCUGGAGCCAUCCUCACGUCACUGUUUGUCACACCUCUGGAUGUUGUGAAGAUCAGACUUCAAGCUCAGAAGAACCCCUUCCCCAAAGGUAAAUGCUUCGUCUACUGCAACGGACUGAUGGACCACAUAUGUGUGUGUGUAAAUGGAAACACAAAGGCCUGGUACAAAGCCCCCGGUCACUUCAGUGGCACCCUGGAUGCCUUCGUUAACAUUGUACGCCAUGAAGGAAUAAAGUCACUAUGGAGUGGUCUACCUCCAACCCUUGUAAUGGCAGUCCCAGCUACAGUGAUCUACUUCACAUGUUACGACCAGCUGUGUGCAGCACUCAGGGUCAGGAUGGGCACCUAUGCUGACGAGGCUCCUCUCCUGGCAGGACCCACUGCUAGAUUGGGAGCAGCAACAGUGAUCAGCCCUCUGGAGCUGAUACGCACAAAGCUGCAGUCUCAGAAACAGUCGUACAGGGAGUUGACCGCCUGCAUACGCUCAGCAGUGGCGAACAAGGGCUGGCUGUCGCUGUGGAGAGGUUUGGGACCCACGCUGCUCCGGGACGUGCCCUUCUCAGCCAUUUACUGGUACAGCUACGAAAAGGGCAAGAAGUGGCUGUGUGAACGACACAACGCCAGGGAACCCACAUUCACCAUCGCCUUCAUAUCUGGAGCAGUGUCUGGCUCAAUUGCAUCCAUCGUAACAUUACCGUUUGAUGUGGUGAAAACAAGAAGGCAGGUGGAGCUGGGAGAGCUGCAAGCAAAGAAUUUGUCAUGUAAGGUCUCAUCCAGCACCUUCAGUUUGAUGAGAAGGAUUGUGACACAGGAAGGCUUUAGCAGACUGUUAGCAGGUUUUUUCCCUAGGUUGAUCAAAGUGGCCCCAGCCUGUGCUAUUAUGAUCAGCACUUAUGAGUUUGGCAAGGCCUUUUUCCGCAAGCACAACCAAGAGAAGACAGUCAGUCUGCUACAGACCACUAACACCUGAAGGUUUUCCACUCACCUCUCUCCAACUCAAAUGACUACUGCUAGAAGAAGCUGAUUUCCCAAAUGAAAAAGAAGAAGAAAAAAAGCAGAAUGGAAAAUAAAAAAUAAACUACCUGGCCCAUUUCUGCAUCACAUAGUAAUGUUAAUUCAACUUUAUAUGAAAGCUUUUCUUUUAAAUCAUAGUAUUUAUAAUCAUACAAUAUAUUAUAUGGUUGUAUAUUUACUGCUCUACAUGCUGUGCAGUACCCACACAACUGAAAAUGUUUUGUUUUUUUCAAUUAAUCUCAUUGUAGGCAGCAUUUUAUGAGACGGCAGCCACAGAUUUGUAAAUAAUCUGUCAUUUCCCGCUUUAUUGGAUGUAUCACUGAGAUGUUGUGAAGUCCUCAGAUUAGAUGAAUUAGUAUGAAUUAGUUUAAUUUUGAAUACCAGUGUCAGUAUUUGUACCAUCAGCAAGAGAGGAGUUCCAUGUUUUUAUACUUGAACUUAAAUGAGAAUGUUCGUAGAUGUCAAAACUCCAUCAACGCUUGCAGUUCGUAGGACAUCUUUUGUUGUCGAACUGACACUUCUCAUCAUCUCAUCUCCAAAAACUCCCAUUAAGACUAAAGCAAUGAAAUUCCCAAUAUUACUAGCUGAUUUCAGAACUGAUAUGUAGUGGUAUAUGUUUUUUGUUUGUGUUUUUACCAAUCUAAACUAGAUUGUAAACUUAGUUAUGUUUAUAUUAUACUUUUUGUUUUAUUUUAAUGCAUUCCUUUCAGAUUCAGUCCAUUAUUAGUUGUGUCUAACACCUGCCUCAAAUUGCCUUAACCUAAGCAGACAAAUAAGUCUGUAUUGAGCCACAAAUGCCUAUACCACUGUGAUUAAAUUGCUUUCAAAGGUGGAUAGCUGUGGGGAGAUCAAGCCUCAUCCAGGUUAGUUUUCCAUAAACUCAUAAACAAGUGUUGCUGGAGUUGUGACCUCAAACUUGUGUUUCCUUUCUCCUUCACCUGGAACGAAAGGUGCAUUUGUGCCAGAAACCUCUAGCCUGCUUCUAAAGUAUAUGUUUGUGGGGGAAUUAAAAGUCUAAAACCAAUAAACUCUUUCUUUGGAAAUUCCA